CAAAAUUUAUUUUGAUAAGUAAACUCAUUUCUUGGUUUUUGUUUUGUUGAGAGAGAGAGAGAGAAAGAGAGGGAACAUGUUAUUGCAAGGUUGGAGCUUUUCCAGUGGUGUACUGCUUUCUCGAAGCUCCUCUCACUCGACAUACUAUUGCGGGAAUUUCAUUUCUUACCCUCCCAAAACAACUUUUUUUUCUUCUUCUUCUUCAAAAGCAGCAACAACUGUACAAGUCGUAUGUGCCAGUGCUGGAAUUAAUGAAUUCGCAGAAAUCGUCCACAACAAGGUUCUGAUUGCAGCAGCUGCGUCGGCAGCAAUUGGGCAGCUGUCAAAGCCUUUCACUUCGACCUUCCUUUAUGGAAACAGAAACACUAAUAAUUUCGACUUUGUUAAGGCUGCCUUUCAGGCUGGAGGCUUCCCUUCAUCUCAUUCCUCGGCAGCUGUGGCCACCGCUAUGUCUCUUGGCAUUGAAAGAGGCUUCUCGGAUGCCAUUUUUGGUUUAGCAGUUGUUUAUGCAAGCCUUGUCAUGUAUGACGCUCAGGGAGUGAGAAGGGAAGUGGGUAUUCAUGCAAAGGCACUAAACAGGGUGCUGGUCCAGAAUUUUAUUCCUUUGAAAGAUGUUGAUGAUACGAUAGAUUCUAGACCUAGAAUAUCAUUCUCCAAACGAGAAAACUUUGAGCCUAUGUCCUUGGAGGAAGCAGAUUCUUUUAGUUUGAAACAUAGAAAUGCUAAAAUAUUACUUGGAUCGGAGAAUAGAAAGGGUCAAAUUGGUAGGCUGGGCUCAUCUAGCCCAUCAUCUGAUGCUGAAGGAGAAACAGAAAAAGUUAAUAGUUGGGAUGUGCCUGUCUUGAAAGAAUCUGUUGGCCACAAUGAGUUUGAAGUCAUAGCAGGUGCCUUGUUGGGGUUAUUUGUAUGCUUGGUAGUCUAUAACAUCACCUGAUUUCUUUUUGUUGUGAUUAGCUUAAAUUAGUGUAGCCAAAGCAUUCAAGGACUAGCCAUCUUUUUAGUUUGGCUUCAUCAGUUAUUAUGUGUUGUAAAAACCGAUGUAUGUUACUUGCUAAGAUGUGCUGUUUUCCUGACUUGAAAA